AUGAAUUUCAGCCAACCUGGAACAAUUAAACAUUCAGACUUCUGUUACGAGUCUGUGAAUAGAUCUUGCCAAAAGAUCACCUACCCAACAGCGAUGCGGAUUUCACUGUAUAUUUUUUUCAUCACCAUCAUUGUUCUAACCAUGUGUGGAAACCUCCUUAUCAUAAUUUCUAUCGCUCACUUCAAACAGCUGCACACUCCAAGCAACUACCUCAUCCUCUCUCUGGCAGUGACUGACUUUCUUCUGGCAAUAGUCAUCAUGCCUCCUAGCAUGGUGUGCACGAUUGAAACAUGCUGGUAUUUUGGAGAUGUGUUUUGCAAAAUCCAUUCAAGUAGUAAUGUCAUGCUGUGCACUUCAUCAAUUUUAAAUCUUUCUUUCAUUUCCAUUGAUCGAUAUUAUGCAGUUUGUCAGCCCCUACACUACCAGACCAAGAUCACCAAUUGUGGAACAGUGAUCAUGAUAAUGGUCAGCUGGAGUGUUUCUGCCUGUGUUGGGUUUGCAGUGAUAUUUCUGGAACUGAACAUUUUGGGCAUUGAAGAUUUUUAUUAUAAUAAUGUUGCUUGUGUAGGACUCUGUAUUGUGUUCCAGACUAAGGCAUCAAGUUUGCUAUCUUCCAUUCUCUCAUUUUACUUCCCUGGGAUCAUUAUGCUGGUCAUAUAUCAGAAAAUCUUCCAUGUUGCACAGAAGCAAGCCCGGUCUAUUCACAGCAUUGCCUGUAACAAUAUGCACUCUGAAAACAGCAAAAACGAGCGAAAGGCUACAAAGACCCUGACCAUUGUUAUGGGUGUAUUUCUGUCAUGCUGGACACCAUUUUUUCUGUGUAACGUAAUUGAUCCAAUCAUUAAUUAUUCAAUUUCACCUGCUUUAUUUCAGGUGUUUAUCUGGAUUGGCUAUUGCAAUUCAACUUUUAAUCCUUUUGUUUAUUCUUUCUUUUACAGUUGGUUUAGGAAAGCUGUCAAAAUGAUAAUUUGUGGUAAUAUAUUUCAAGCGCAUUCCUCAAUAACAAAAUUGUCCACAGAAUGA